UUGGUCAAUUUAGUUUAGUCAGAAACCCUAGAAUCUGAUUGACAAUAUAUAAAAUCCUUCUCCACUCACCACUCAAAGAUCUCCUCUGGUUCUUUCCUGCAGUUGCGCCGCCGGGAAUUCUUCCAACCCCUUGCCUCUAUCUUCAUUCGCCAUGUCACUGGUAGCAAACGAGGAUUUUCAGCACAUUCUGCGUGUGCUCAACACUAACGUCGAUGGGAAGCAGAAGAUUAUGUUUGCUCUCACAUCAAUUAAAGGUAUUGGAAGACGUUUUGCUAACAUCGUUUGCAAGAAGGCUGAUGUCGACAUGAACAAGAGGGCUGGUGAACUAACUGCUGCCGAGUUGGAUAAUCUCAUGGUGGUUGUUGCCAAUCCACGACAAUUUAAAAUUCCCGACUGGUUUUUGAAUAGGCAGAAAGACUACAAGGAUGGAAAAUAUUCUCAAGUAGUUUCAAAUGCAUUGGACAUGAAGUUGAGAGAUGAUUUGGAGCGGUUGAAGAAGAUUAGGAACCACCGAGGUCUAAGGCACUACUGGGGCCUCAGAGUCCGUGGUCAGCACACUAAGACCACUGGUCGACGAGGGAAAACUGUCGGUGUCUCCAAGAAGCGUUGAGCAUUUGCUUGUUUUUAUAGUCGAGUAUGUGUUUGGGCAAAUCAAGUUCUUUGGCCUUUUAGUUGAACAUUUGAGCUGUACUUUCUUUUUGGAACUUUUGUUUGGGAUGUGGUAUUUUUGUUUUAAGUUUAACUCUUUUUUUCUAUGUCUUUGAUUAGGCUAGAAAAGGAAGUUUGAUAGUGGCAAAUGGUAAAGAUUAUGAAUCCAUAUUGAUCCUUUUGGUGUGAAAAAGUGUUGAGAGAUUUUAUUUAUAAAGUUGUUAUUUGGUGCAA